AUGACCACAGGCUGUGAAGUGGACUCCUUAAGACCCAGGCACAUGGAGUCCAGAAUCCAGCCUGUCUCUGCAGAUGCAGGUCCAUUUUGGAACUCCGCUUCCUUCAGUACUGCGGCUUCCUGUCUUCAUUUCCCAACACUCUGGGGUGAGCUCAGUGCCGAUGUGUCUUUCUUCUUUAAGACAACAGCUUCCUCUGGGGUGUUUGGAGAGAGCCUGGGGCUAGUUUUCUUUCCGCAGCGCCGGCUGUGUUGGGAUGGGUUUCGGUUUUCUUCCCCUCGCUCGGAGGUGACCUUUUCCUUCGAUGUGGGGAAUGGCCCUUGCGAGGUCUCCAUGCAGUCACCCACGCCCCUGAACGACGGCCGGUGGCACCCCGUGCGCGCGGAGAGGAGCAUCAAGGAGGCCAUGCUGCGAGUGGAUGAGCUGCCCCUGGGGCUGCAGCCCGGCCCGGUCGCCAGCCACGUCCUCCUGCAGCUCAACAGCCGGCUCUUCGUGGGUGGCACGGCCAGCAGGCAGAGGGGCUUCGUGGGUCUGCAGCUGAACGGUGCAUCCCUGGACCUGGAGGGAAGAGCCCCGGUGACGCUGGGGGUGCAGCCCGGGUGCGUGGGGCACUGCGGCACCUACGGACACCUGUGCCGCAAUGCGGGGCGCUGUAGGGAGCAGGAGCGUGGCGUGGCCUGCGACUGCGCUGCCUUGGCCUACGAGGGCCAGUUCUGCUCGCGCCACAUUUCUCCCUAUUUUGGAACUGGCUCCUCAGUGGUCUACAAUUUUGAAGAACAGUGCAAUCACACCUUCGGUACAAACGCCAGCUCCUCGACGGUGCUGCUGCAGGCGAGGCUCACGCUGACCGCAGAGGUGGCCACCUUCGGCAGCUUCCUGACCUCGGCGGUGGCCAGCUUACUGCUCUACGUGAGCUCCUUCCGCGAGCAGUACCUGUCUGUCAUCCUCAGCCCGAGCGGAAGUUUGCAGAUCAGAUACAAGCUAGACAGACACAAACAGCCUGAUGUUUUUAACUUUGAUUCUAAAAACCUGGCUGAUGGUCAGCUUCACCACGUAAAGAUUAACAGAGAAGAAGCAGUGGUCUUUGUAGAGGUUAACCAGAGUCCAAGGAGACAAGCCACCCUGUCAUCAGGAGCAGAAUUCAAUGCUGUCAAGUCCUUUGUGUUGGGGACGAUUUUAGGCCCUUCCCGCACCGACCCGGAUACGCGGCGAGCGGCUGCGCGGGGCUUCACCGGCUGCCUGUCCGCCGUGCGCUUCGGCCAAGCCGCCCCCCUGAAGCUGGCGCGGGGCCCGGGCGCCGCCUCGCGGGUCACCAUGCGUGCCCACGUGGUCUCCGGGGCGCACUGCACUGAGGGGGCGCGCAGACUGGGCCCCGGCCGGCGGGGGUCGCAGGUCGCUCUGGACCAGGAGAUGGGGGCGAGCCUUCAGGGAGGGCAGACGGAGGCUUCUCCGCGGCCGCGGCCGUCGGAGGUGUCAUGGCAGUUGUGAUAUUUAUCUUGCUAUGCAUCACUGCCAUAGCGAUAUGCAUUCAUCCACAGAGGUGGCUAUACCAAAAGAAUGAUUCAGAUGUCUCAAAACCUGGAGACCAUGCUGAGACUGCUCUGAGAAGUGAGCUCAACUUGCAAAAUGCAGUCAGUGAAAGUCAGAAGGAGUGUUUCUUCUGAUCAGCAGCUGUGAUUUCCUUUCUGCUAUGACAGUGUAGCCUUCAUGGUAAGCUGGGGGCUGUUAGUGGGUGGAUACCUGGCCCUUGUCCUACAGGUCCACACAGUGAGUGUAUGGCCCCUUCAGCUUGUCCACGUCCAGCCCUAGACAUGGUGCCAGGAGGCUCUGCCAGGGCCCCUCAUGAUCUGUUUCUGUAGCAGCAAUGUAAGUGGGGUUGAUGAAAUGAGUAUUGGAUGUCAGCUAUGAGAUUUUACUGUUGAAUUCAAUUAUGGAAAAGAAAACUAAGAGAUAGCAAAAUACAUAGAGGAUUUCAGUAUGCAGCAACUUUCUUAGUUUUGUUUGCAAUUUGUAAUUAUAAUGUUUAUAGAUUAUAAUGAUUACCUAAUGAGCUCAUAUUGUACUUUCUCUAACUAAACUUGUGCCCAGUUAUAGACAUCAAGUUAGUGCUGCAAGUAUAUCUUUCAUCCACAUCUGACUGAAACAUAACCCUAAAUUUAUUCCCCUGAAAUGUGAGGCAGUUACAUCAAUUUUUCACUAUAGUCCUGUGAUUCUCUUUUUAUUAAGGAUAUCACAUUUUUUAUGUCAUCUGACUUUCUUUUCAUUUAUUAGGGAAAAAGUUAUAUUUUGAACUGAGUUCCCCAUGUGUCUGUUGACAUUUUGAGCUGUCUUAGCAAAACUGUCCCUCCCUAAGUUUGGUUACUACAUAGAAUAUUCCCAGAAAGAUGCUUGAUUAUGCUAAUGGCAGAUGUAGGUUAUAUGAUCUGAAUUAAACUUGUUAUUUGAGUCAAGAUUCUAGGGUCUUGGGAUCAGUUUCCAAUGCAGCACCAAAUUCAACCAGUUCAUUUUAUAAUAGGCUAUAUCUGCAUGCUAAGAAUGCAAGGUGUUUAUGUUAACUAUGGUAAUUGUCUUAGUAACUAUUUUUGUAGCAGUUGUUCAGUAACCACAUGGAGCCACCAUUUAUAAUAAGGUGCUACAUUCCCCAAAUCCCAUGUGUCCACCAGAUGUUAAUUAGAUGACUUACAUCAUCCACAACAGGACAAAUUUGAACUAUAUAAACUUAGCCUUGCUGUUACCUUUGAGUAUAUACCUAAUUUAUUGUGUUCUUUUUUAAAAAUGCAGAAAGAUAUCCUCUAUAUUAUCUUUUUCCAAAAAACUUUUUUCCUAUGGUUUCUUACUAGCUUUCCAUGAGUCACAACAACCAUCAACUGUAAUACAGCACAUAUUCUUUGUCUUGGUUUCUAAGAUGUAGGAGCUAGGCAUCGGUUCAACUGGGGCUUCAGCAAAGUUGUAACCAGCUGGGGCUUCAUUCUCAUCUGGAUGCUCACUGGGGAGGAUCUGCCUCACUGCCAUGUUGUUGACACCAUUCAGUUCCUCACUGGUACACAACACUAGCACCUCACUCCUUCAGUGCUAGCAAAGGAAGCAGGCAGUAAGGCAGGUCUGCUAGCAAGAAGGGAGGCUUAGGAAAUGUCCUGUAAUCAUAAGGGUGACUUCUCAUGACUUGUGCUGUAACCUGUUACUGAGAAGCAAGUCACAGAUCCUCCCCACCACAAGGGGAGGAGGUUACAUGUAGAUUAUGAACGGGGGCUGGGCAGAACUUGAAGUCUUUCUACUAUGGAACAAUAUAUUGGUCUUUCUUUAAAUGAUGACAAUUUUUAAUGAUCUCAGUACAAUUUUUUUCUUUCUGAUGGUAUGAAAGGAAUAAACAUUCAGUAGCAACUGUACUUUGAAUUUUGAUCUUUUCCUUGGCUAGCAGUAUGAUACUCUUUUAAGCCACCGCUCCAGCCAGCACAUGAUCACAGGGUGAACUCCUGACAACCUGCAGUUCUCUGCGUUGCUGAGCCAGGCUGUUCAGUAGAAUAGAUGUAUUAAAUGAAUUUUCAAUUUAUAAUGUUUUUAACUCACAAUGAGCUUAUUGGAACAGAAUCUCAUCUUAAGUUGAGGAGCAUCUGCAUUUAAGGACUUACCUUCUAGAAUGAACUACAUACUUUUUUCCCCACAAGCCCAUACAGAUAGGGGAAGGAUUCAACACAAAAAUGAUAGGCUCAGUUUAAUGCAUAGCUGGGUGUAGACAUUAAGCAAUCAUUGUAGCUUUAACAAGUGAUCAUCUUGUAUACUAAAAGAAUUUAUUGCUUUAGUAGCUGGAGUUUACAGAUUUAUUGAUGGUUAGCUACACUGCUCUCUGCUCUAGAGAGUAAUAAGAGUUGCACCAAAUAGAAGUGAUGCAUAUCCACCUUGUCUUACUGAUUUUUAAACUUUACCUACUUAUUUGUUAAUAUUUUUAAAUUAAAUUAGGAAAAUAUUUUUUGAGAAGCUGAAUAAAGUUGAAAUUAUGAAAUUAUACUGUUUUCCCAUUAAA